UUAGAACCAGAGUAGUGUUAAAGAAAGCAUUUUCUGGAUCCUAUAAGGCAGUACAGGUAUGCUCCAAAUGACCAUAUCAAGUAUCUUCUGUGUUGAAAACAAAGCAACUGGUUAGACUAAACAGAGCGACAGAGAGCGAGAGAGAGCGAGAGAGAGAAGAGGGAGCCUAGGUUCCCACCUAGGAAAGGGAAAAAAGGAGGUCUGUAAGUUUUAAACAACACGGCGGCAUUCCUUCAACUUUCACUGCAGCACCUAAAGUAUGAUGACGAAUAACGCAACUGCUCAGGAAAGCACUACUCCCCUAAACCCAAGUCAGCAAGUUUUAGCCAGACGUGGCAAGCACAGAAAGCCCAUGCCAGCCACAAAGCCACCGAGGACUACGUGUGCGGCAAAGAACAAGCGCCUCAUCACCAUCCUCUCUGUACUGGUCAUAUUGGGCAUCCUCGCAGUGGUUGGAUAUUUAAUUGCCCAACUUGUUCAAAAUUCUUACUACUUCUGCUCCAAGUCGGUGAAGUUUAUUCCCUUGGACAAAGCCUGUGAUGGCAAAUCAGACUGUGCAGAAGGAGAGGAUGAGGCUUUUUGUGCCUCCCAUUACACAGCCAACAUGACUUUUCCUGUUCGGUUGGCCUCAAAUAGUUCUGUGCUUCAGAUGUAUAAUGACAAAGAGAACAUGUGGAGAACUGUGUGUGCAGAUGGCUGGACUAUGGCACACACUACAGUGGCAUGUCAGAAGUUGGGAUACACAUUGAAUCCCUCAUAUAGUUCAGUCCGCCUGACUGAUCUGUCAUAUGAUCUGAGGCAGUCUUAUUGUGCCGUGGGACCGAAUGAAGCACAGCAGGUUUCCCUCAACACAACAAAUCAAAAAACAUGCAGUUCAGGUUUCGUAGUUUCCUUAUCCUGCUCAGAUUGUGGGCCUAAAGCACCUGAGAGCAGGAUUGUAGGAGGGCAAAAUGCACUCAUUGAGAACUGGCCAUGGCAGGUGAGUCUGCAACUGAAUGGCCAGCACACAUGUGGAGGCUCGAUACUGUCGCCAUACUGGAUUAUCACAGCAGCUCACUGCUUUACAAGUACGACAACACUGAGCAGAUGGUGGGUGGUGGCAGGCAGUACAUACAUAACAUCACUAGGAGGCAAUGCUGUAGAAAAAAUCAUUAUAAAUGGACAGUACAGCGCACAACACAAUGAUUACGACUUGGCGAUGAUCAAACUUGCGAAACCACUUUCUCUAAGAGCUACUGUGAAGCCAGUGUGCCUCCCACCUUCUGGUCUUGAGCUCCAAGGAGGAACGCCAUUGGUAGUAACUGGCUGGGGCUACCAGCAAGAAAAUGGCCAGCUGUCGUCAAACCUUCAGAAGGCUGAGAUUCCACUCAUAGACCGCGCUCAGUGUUCUAGUCCUGACAUUUAUGGUAGUAGCAUCACUAAGAGAAUGCUUUGUGCGGGGUAUUUACAGGGCAAAGUGGACGCCUGCCAGGGUGACAGUGGGGGUCCUUUGGUGCGUCUUGACAAACGCUGGACGCUGGUAGGAGUGGUGAGUUGGGGUGUAGGAUGUGCCAGAGAAGGCGAACCUGGUGUUUACUCUAAUGUGGAGCAGAUGCUUAACUGGGUCUACACAGUCAUGAAGGACUUUUGAGACAAAGCCAACAUGAGGAUGACAACAUUUUAGUACAACUAGAAACGUCAGUGCAAUCCAAACAGUACAAUCUAUUUUAAAUUGAAGUGAACUUUGUGAUGAAGUACUUAAGCACAAGCACCUUAAUUACUAAAUCCACAAAUGCGAAAAUGAAAAGGACCUGAUUUCUACAUGGAGUCAGGAUGGAAUCUUUUUUUCCCAACUGUGGCAACUCCUCUUCUCAGGGAUGCUUUUAAUCUAAAAAGCAGUACGGGCAGGCAGUAACAUAGUUCUUUAAAUGCAAUUAAUUAUGAUUUGUAAAUAAAAUAUUUUAUACUGACUGUUAAUCAAUAGUUAUGGAAACUCAUUUAACCACUUACAUGAUGGUACUUUUACCAGUAAAUUGUUGAUGAGGGGCAAUUACUUUUACUAGCAAAUAUGAUUUUUUUGAGCCAUAGAUAAACUUUUGCACUCAGGUUUACUGGAGCUUUUUAUUUGUGCUUUUAAAGUGCCUUUCCCCUUAGUAAGUACGUAAAGUUGUGCCCCAGUAAGCUACAUGAAGCCAGGAUGUCGACAAGCACUGAAUAUAGAAAAUGUAUCUUAUUUCUUUUAAAACUAAAUCAUGUGUCUGU